ACAUUGACAAACAGUUGUGUCAAGAAUGAUUUGUUUUGUUUUUUGUUUUUCCCAAGUUUUUUCUCACAGCUUCUCAGGUUAUGUUUAUAUCUGUGGAUAAGUUGAAUUGGUUUUUUUUCUAGCAGUGCAGUCUUGUAAUGAGAAUUAGGUAUUUUGAAUAACUCAUUUUUAAGGCUAAGAAUAUGGAAUCACAAAACGAACUCCCAGUGUUUAUCAAUGUGGACCAAGGAGCAGAGUACGUGGAAGCCAACAAACACAAUGUUAUAGAGACUAUGGAUACUAUCUUAUUAGAAGACCCCACGACCGAGGACCUGGCUGACAAUGCAGUAGUUUUGAAUCACGAGCCAAAAGUGCAAUUGGACGAGUCGCAUUCGUCACAAAUGGAGUCCCAGGAUCCUGAAAAUCAGGAAAUAAAAUCAGAAAACAAAUCAAUUUACAAACCUCGCAUCAAAUGUCCAGAGUGCCAAAGGUACACUACAGACAACGAAGAACGGAUGGUCCGUCACAUCCGGAAGACGCACCAGGGUUUGAAUCCGUUCCAGUGUACCAUGUGCGAGUACUCCACUUACAACAAGUCAGUCUUCGAAGAACACGUCAGAGUUCACAAAGGCAUAAAACCGUUCAAAUGUUCUCACUGUCCGUAUCGGAGCGCGUCCAAAAAGAACAAAAACAAACACGAAUUGAUUCACAGGAAGAAUAAUCCUUUGAAAUGCGAUCAGUGCUCGUUCAUAGCCCACCACUAUAGGUCGCUGCUCUGUCACAAACAGAAGCAUGCUAACGGCGAAGUGAACCAAGGGACGGAGUUGCAAUGCGACGAUUGUCAGACGAAAUUCCCUUCGGCAAUCACUCUGAACAAGCACAGGAGUUGUACGAAGAAGAAUGUGUGUGAUAUGUGCAAUAUGACGUUUUGUACGCCGUAUUAUUUGAAGAAACACAUGUUGAGUUGUCAUGCGAGUGAUAAAAAGAGUUUCAGGUGCGAAUUGUGCGGGUGGGUUGGUAGCGGUAGAAUGAGAGUGUUGCUACAUUUGGUACAUCAUCCGAAUCAGAGAGUCGACGAGAGUUUGUAUGAUGUUAGCGUGUUGAGGAAGUAUGGUAUUAUGAGUUGAAAUAUUUUUUUUUUUUUAGAAUAGAAUGCUUUUUUUUUUUCAAAAUUUGGAUACCGGGUAUCACUCAUUGACGUCACUUAAAUCUAAUUAUAACUACUGCCGCUUCCAAAGCGCAUGUGAAGAAGAAGCGGCGGAACGAACUACACUGCAGCAUUUAUUUUUAAUAAUGUGAAAUGCGGCUUUAAAAGACUAAAAUGUAUACUUCUAAGAGGUGGAAUUAAAGCUGGAGCUGUUUACCAGUAAAUCGAGCAGUUUACAUAUGUAAAUAAAUACAUACAUACAUAUGGUCACGUCUAUAUCCCUUGCGGGGUAGACAGAGCCAACAGUCUUGAAAAGACUGAAUGGCCAUGUUCAGCUAUUUGGCUUAAUGAUAGAACCGAGAUUCAAAUAGUGACAGGUUGCUAGCCCAUCGCCUAAAAGAGAAUUCCUAAGUUUAUAAGCCUAUCCCUUAGUCGCCUUUUACGACAUCCAUGGGAAAGAGAUGGAGUGGUCCUAUUCUUUUUUGUAAUAGUGCCGGGAACCACACGGCACUAUACAGUACACACAGUAAAUAAAUAUAUUAUAUUAUUGUACAUAGUACUCCUAUUAAGCGUUUUAAAACAUCAGGUGAAUUGCUAGCCGUUCCCGAGUUUUGACGUGACAAACAAACAGUAAUUUAUUUUUAUACACACAGCCUUAGAUCUUACAUAUAGGUAAAUCCAGAUUAUUGCUUUUGUAACAUAAAACUAGCUGAAUGUGGUUACCGAAAUCUGUUAACUCUGUCUACCCUGUAAGGAAUGAAGAUGUAAGAUAAAAUAAAGCGUGAAGUACAAAAUGUAUUUAGUACUUUUUUAAAUUUAAAAUGUCUAAUAUAAUUCAAGAAAAUAAACACCGAUAUAUUACUUAUUUUUU